AUGUCAAGAUUUUUUUCUGAUUUAGAAGAAGAAAAGAAGGAAAUUAAAAAGAAAUUCAACGUUAUAGAAAAACAGACAGAAAAAAUAUCUAAAAAGGAUAAGCUACAAAUUGAAUUUGACAACCGGGUCAAUGAACUAUUUAAAAAUCCAAAAAAUGUUAAAAAGUUUGUAUCCGAUUUGAAGAAAUAUGAAAAUGUUAAUGUUUCUGAAUCUGCCGAAAAAAUUUUGUUUAAUGAAAAAAUUUAUCAGAAAAGUAAUAAAGUUUUGAUCGAUAAAUUUCUUAAGAGAACAAUAGAAGAUACUAUUGUUAAGGAAGACAGGUCAAAUAACAAAAUUGAAGUGAAAAGGCAGAAUGAAGGUGAGGUAUAUGAAGGUAUUUUAAAUAUUUCUGAUAAAAACGAACGGGUUUUACAAUUAAAUAAUUUUUGUAAAGUCGUUGAAGAUAUAAAUUUGAAAGUUAAUGUAUUAAUUAAUUUAUUAUCGAUCUAUGCAAAAGAUAAAGACCUUGAAAAUACUUAUAUUAUUUUGUCAGAUUUGCUUAAUUUUUACGAUAAUAAAAAGACCAAACUUUUUUUAGAUAAUAGUGUUGAUAUGUAUUUAGAUCUUUUUAAAGAAGAUGUCAGUAUUUAUAAAAAUAUUUUACAAAGGAUGAAGAAUAUAAAUACUAAUGUUUAUGAAAGGCGCUUAUUAGAUUUAGAUUUUUCUGAUUUGAAAUACACCGAUAGCAAGUAUCUAGAUUUUAAACUAAUUUGGUUAGUAAAAAAUAACAAAUUUGAAGAAAGUAAAAUUGUCUUAGAAAAUAUAGAUUUUACUGUUAAACAUGACAAUAUUUUUUAUAAAAAUUUAGAAGAAUUUGCAAAUUUGAUGUUUAUCAACAAAGCCUAUUUAGAGGCAUAUACUUGUUUCGAGUAUUUAUAUACAAAGAGAGAACAAACAGAAGAAAUUAAAAAGAAUUUUUACAUUUUAUGUGUCUUGCUAAAUAAGAGAAUACAAGAAACUGCAUUUUUUCAAGAGUUUCUUACUGACUUUAAGAGCUUUGGAUCGAAUACAUUUGCACUAAAAAGUAAAGGUGUAUAUUUUGAAAUUUUUAGAAGUUUUUAUCUUUUGCAUAACUAUGAUGUAGAAGGCGUAUAUAAUAUUUUGCAUGAAAUUAAAAAUAUUUUUGAUGAUAGAGAGAUAAUUGAAAAUUGUGCAUUAGAAUUAUUGGCUUAG